AUGACUUGUCUUUUUUUUCUUACUUUGCAGUUGGCCUGCUGCUGCGGUACUGCCGCUUGUUCCUUGUGCUGCAGAUGCUGCCCCAAGAUAAAACAGUCAACCAGCACCCGCUUCAUGUAUGCGCUUUACUUCAUCCUGGUGACUAUCAUCUGUUGUGUCAUGAUGUCAACAACAGUAGCAAACGAAAUGAAAACACACAUUCCUUUCUACAAGCAGAUGUGCAAGGGUAUUCAGGCGGGUGAGAUGUGCGAGAAGUUGGUGGGAUACUCUGCAGUGUACAAAGUCUGUUUUGGAAUGGCCUGUUUCUUCUUUUUGUUCUUCUUGUUCACCAUCAAAAUUAACAGCAGCAAAAGCUGCCGAGCAUACAUUCAUAAUGGAUUCUGGCUCAUUAAACUUAUACUUCUGGCAGCAAUGUGCUCAGGAGCCUUCUUCAUUCCUGAUCAGGACACUUUCCUCAAUGCCUGGCGCUACGUAGGAGCAACAGGAGGUUUCCUUUUCAUUGCCAUUCAACUCAUCCUGCUUGUUGAGUUCGCACACAAAUGGAAUAAAAACUGGACUGCAGGUGCAAACCACAAGCAGAUGUGGAAUGGUUUGCUUGCCUUGGUUACUCUCAUCUUGUACUCCGUUGCUGUGGGAGCCCUGGUCCUCAUGGCUCUUUUCUACACACGCUCAGAGGGCUGCAUGUACAACAAAGUCCUGAUCGGUGUUAACGGUGGCCUGUGCCUCUUUGUGUCACUAGUGGCCAUAUCACCCUGUGUCCAGAAUCGCCAGCCCCAUUCUGGUUUGCUUCAGUCAGGAGUUAUCAGCUGCUACGUUAUGUACCUCACUUUCUCAGCACUAUCCAGCAAGCCACCAGAAACUAUCCUGGAUGAAAACAAUCAGAACAUCACAAUCUGUGUCCCUGAAUUUAGCCAAGGCUUGCACAGAGAUGAAAACCUGGUUACUGGCCUGGGUACUACCAUUUUGUUUGGCUGCAUUUUAUAUUCUUGUUUGACCUCAACAACACGUGCAAGCUCAGAGGCACUGAGGGGAAUAUAUGCGACACCUGAAACUGAAGUAGCUCGUUGCUGCUUUUGCUGCGUGCCCGACGGAGACGCUGAUUCUAAAGAGCACAUUGAAAAAAGGGGAGGCCAGACUGUGAUUUAUGAUGAGAAGAAAGGCACAGUGUACAGUUAUGCCUACUUCCACUUCGUUUUCUUCUUGGCUUCGCUCUACGUGAUGAUGACAGUAACUCAUUGGUUCCAUUAUGAAAGUGCUCAGAUUGAAAAAUUCUUCACUGGAACCUGGUCUAUCUUCUGGAUUAAGAUGGUCUCCUGUUGGGUUUGUGUCUGUCUGUAUUUAUGGACUCUUAUUGCUCCACUCUGUUGCCCAACCAGAGAGUUCUCAGUGUGAACACUCAGAAGGUCCUUCUGUGUUUU